UUUUACGUACGACAUAACCACACUAAAUCAAUGAAUCCAACAAAGAGUCUCGAACAGAUUACGUAGUAGUUAUUUAUUAAAUUAAUUUCGAUUUUGUUUUCCACGGUAAAACGGUUGCAGUUUGUGUUGUGAAAAGUUGUAAUUGCUUAGUGCCUGGGCAAACGAUCGAAUUGUUGAUUGGCGAAUAUAAAAUGAGCUUCCUAUUUGGUUCGAGAUCGAGCAAGACAUUCAAACCGAAGAAGAAUAUACCCGAAGGGACUCAUCAAUAUGAUUUGAUGAAACAUGCUGCAGCAACGUUAGGUUCAGGAAAUUUACGGAAUGCAGUUGCAUUGCCAGAUGGCGAAGAUCUGAACGAAUGGGUUGCCGUCAAUACUGUUGACUUUUUCAAUCAAAUCAACAUGCUAUACGGCACAAUAACAGAAUUCUGUACGGAAGACAGUUGCAGCAUCAUGUCAGCUGGACCAAAGUAUGAAUAUCAUUGGGCUGAUGGCCAAACAGUGAAAAAGCCCAUCAAAUGCAGUGCACCAAAGUACAUUGAUUAUCUGAUGACAUGGGUGCAGGACCAAUUGGACGACGAGACGUUGUUUCCAUCGAAAAUCGGUGUACCGUUCCCGAAAAAUUUUCUAACCAUUGCCAAGACGAUAUUGAAGAGACUUUUCCGCGUUUAUGCCCACAUAUAUCAUCAACAUUUCCAAGAGGUCGUACGGCUAGGCGAAGAGGCCCACUUGAACACAUCGUUCAAGCACUUCAUUUACUUUGUGCAAGAAUUCAAUUUAAUCGAUCGAAGAGAAUUGGCUCCGUUGCAGGAAUUAAUCGAGAAAUUAACGGGAAAAGACGAUCGGUCCAUUUAAAGGUAGAAGGUAAGGUUUCCCGUUUUUGUUUUACUCAUCAAGUGCAAAUUUUCUAUUGGAAAAGUUUUUUUUUGUGUAAGUUUUUCGUUUUGUAUCCGAAUUCCCAGACUAAUGACAUUUAAUGAUUAAUUUUAAGCUAUAUAAGGUAUGUUGCAUUAUUUACUGCUGGAUUGCCUCUGUCUGAGUUUCACUUAACUAAACAGUAAGCUUUGAUUCAUAACUGCGGUUUUAUGUUUUGCAUUUUCAAAGAAGAAAC